AGGGAGCCGGCCGUCCCGCGGGUACCGGCAGGAAAAGCUCCGAGGGGAGCGGAGCGGAGUGGAGUUGCCGCCGCCGUUUCCCCUCUUCCCUUUCCUCUGGCUGCGGUCGCAAGCUUAAACCUCUCCCGGACAGCUGGAUUGAAAGUGAACCACAAUGGAUGCUGUCAUGUCAGAUAGUCCUCCAAACCCGAGCUGCAAAAUCAUGACUUUUAGGCCUUCGAUGGAUGAAUUCAGGGAGUUCAACAAAUACUUAGCGUACAUGGAAUCACAAGGUGCUCAUAGGGCUGGAGUUGCAAAGGUUAUCCCACCAAAGGAGUGGAAGCCAAGAAAGCAUUAUGAUGAUAUUGAAGAUCUGGUGAUUCCUGCUCCGAUUCAGCAGAUGGUCACUGGCCAGUCGGGGCUCUUCACACAGUACAACAUUCAGAAAAAGCCAAUGACAGUAAAGGAGUUCAAGCAGCUGGCCAACAGUGACAAAUACUGCACCCCAAGAUACGUAGAUUAUGAAGAUCUGGAGCGUAAAUACUGGAAGAACUUGACUUUUGUGGCACCAAUUUAUGGAGCAGAUAUCAAUGGGAGCAUUUAUGAUGAAGGUGUUGAGGAAUGGAAUAUUGCCCAUCUUAAUACAAUAUUGGAUGUUGUAGGAGAAGACUGUGGAAUUUCUAUUGAAGGUGUAAAUACACCGUAUUUAUAUUUUGGCAUGUGGAAAACAACAUUUGCAUGGCACACUGAAGACAUGGAUCUCUACAGUAUUAAUUAUCUCCAUUUUGGGGAGCCAAAGUCAUGGUAUGCUAUCCCUCCAGAGCAUGGGAAACGGCUUGAAAGACUAGCUCAAGGGUUCUUCCCAAGCAGUUCUCAAGGAUGUGAUGCUUUUCUUCGCCACAAGAUGACUCUGAUUUCUCCAUCAAUAUUGAAGAAGUAUGGAAUUCCUUUUGACAAGGUUACACAAGAGGCAGGAGAAUUUAUGAUUACUUUCCCAUAUGGAUACCAUGCAGGAUUUAACCACGGUUUUAACUGCGCGGAGUCAACAAACUUUGCCACCAUCCGAUGGAUUGAUUAUGGAAAAGCAGCGAAGUUGGUAAGUCAUGCUGCAGAAAACUGA